CUGUUUUGACAUUUAUGUUUUGUUGUUAUAAUUUUUGCAAGAAAUAACAAUUCGGAAAAUUCGGCUUUUGGUAACAUUCUUGCAUAAAAACAUAAAAAAACGAUAGAAGAUAGAUAAAUUGAUAUAAAUUAACAAACAUCCUCAGUGCAAGCAAUAUUAUAUGGAAGCCAAAGUAUUCAUAUAUCAAUUAAACAAGUCCAGUUAAAAUAGCGAAACUAAAACUUAACCGUACAAUCGAUGAAUUAUGACGUAGUCCAACAGAAAUUUUCCGUAAUAGUUUAAAAAAGAAUUGUAAUUUAAUUAAAUAUUUAUUAUUGUUUUGGAAAAAUAUUGUAGCCUCAAGGCUUUAUUAAAAAAAUAAAAAAUACAAACAGCAUUUCUAAAAUUUGGUAAAUUUUAAGCGGACAAGGUUUAUUUUUAGCCCGGUGAACCUUCAGAGGCUAAAUCGAGGAAGAGGGGUCAUAAGGUCUAAAAACAACAAAAGAUUGUUGUAGUCUUUUUGCUGGUAAAAUGUUACACAGAGGCGUCGAGUUGGUUAAAAUUUUAAAACUCAAGCAAAGCAUUUUGAUUUUACGAUCAAUAAGCCAUUUCAGAAAACAAUUGUUACCCGGCUAUCGAGAGACUGCGGCAUACAUCAACAAUGAUGGCCGCAAAGGAGUGUUUGUUGCACAAAGGCUAUAUGUUUCCAAAGAUAAGAUCAUUGCUUCCCCACCUUCCACCACACAAUCGUCUUCAUCGAAAUCGUCAAAGACGACCAAGACAAAAACUACAAGAAAAACAGCUACUGAGCCAAAAUCAUUAAAAGAGCAAUCGUCCGAUAAUGCAGCCACUGACGCUGAGACAACAAGCGCUGGUGCAGCUCAACAAACCAAAAAGUAUGAAAUCGAAACAUCCAAAGGUAUUCUCUCCAUUACAACCACCAUAGAAGAUUCAAAGAUAAACGAUAUAGUAUUUGAGAAGACAAAGGGCUCAUCAGAAUCGAACUCUGUCACAACACCCACAAAUGUCGAUACAGUCACAUCUUUGCCCCUGGCCCCACCGUCUGCCGAAGAAAUAAUGACUAAAGCGGCAAAAAGUGCUGCAAACGUUACAGAGGCUAAGUUGGAUGCUGCUAAAUUGGAUGCCACCAAAUCGUCAAAGAGUGAAACUAGGAAAAAGAGCUUAAAGAUAGAUAUGACAAAAACCGAGACGGGAGGAAAUUUGGCGGCAAAAAAUCCCUUAACCGAAGUUAAACCAAAACCGAAACGCGCAAAAAUGGAUUAUAAUCGUUCCUCAUUGGAACGUAAUUUUAUCACCCCAGCACGAGCUAUGAGUGAUUUCUUACUUAAAGCUUCGGAUUUGGAGACAUUACCAAAAAUCAAACGUCGUUCUCCCUACGAGCAAGAGCCGCCAAUAACUGUGUUUUGGCGCAAGGAUGUAGAAGCAAAGGCCAUAACCAUUUGGGGCACUAAAGAAAAUCUCAUAAAGGAGUGUCUUAAACGAGAAGUGGAACGUAAAACGCAUCAACAAAAUAUUUUUACGGUUAAAAGAAGGCUACGUGAUUAUAGAAGAGAAAUAGGCUCUAGAACUGCCGUGUAUGAAGAUGAGCCUGGACUUAAAGGAAAGUCAGGCAAAGUAGUUUUGAUAGCCAUUGGCAUAAAUGGUUUAAAUUUCCUGUUUAAAGUUGGAGGCUGGCUAUAUUCUGGCUCACAUAGCAUGUUUGCCGAAGCCAUACACUCAUUGGCGGAUACCAUUAAUCAAUUGAUUUUGGCUUAUGGUAUACACAAGUCCACGCAAAUGGCCGAUUCGGAUCAUCCCUAUGGUUAUGCCAAUAUGAAAUAUGUUUCCUCUCUUAUAUCUGGGGUGGGUAUAUUUUGCGUAGGCACGGGUCUUUCAUUUUACCAUGGUAUUACGGGUCUAAUGCAUCCCGAACCUAUGGAAAAUUUUUUCUGGGCAUUUUUCAUAUUGGGUGGCUCACUGGUUUCGGAGGGUGCCACUCUUUUAGUUGCCAUGAACGAAGUUAGAAGGUCAGCAAAAUUAAAAGGAAUAUCAUUCAAGGAAUACGUGCUUACUGGCAAAGACCCCUGUGUGAAUGUAGUUUUAACAGAAGAUGCUGCUGCAGUGGCUAGUGUUGCUGUGGCAGCUGCAUGCAUGGGUCUUUCCACCAUAACUGGAUCUCAUAUUUAUGAUGCUGUGGGCUCUCUAUUAGUGGGCAGCAUACUUGGGGCCGUGGCUUCCUUUAUUAUAUAUACAAAUGUAGCAGCAUUGGUGGGAAAAUCCAUAGCUCGUGAACAUCUGGAACGUAUUAAUGCCGAACUCGAGAGUGAUGUUAUGAUAAGAGCCAUACAUGAUGUCAAAGGUAUUGAUAUGGGUAACUCAUUAGUGCGAUAUAAGGCUGAAAUGGAUUUUGAUGGCAGGGAAUUGACACGUUCCUAUUUGGACAAGCAGGAUAUCAAUGAAUUAAUAAAGGUUGUCAAAUCUUUUCAAUCUCCCGAAGAAUUGGAGCAAUUCUUAUUAAAUCAUGGCGAAAAUAUUGUCGAUUUGAUGGGCGGUGAAAUCGAUCGUAUUGAAAUGAAGCUAAGGAAAAAAUUCCCCGAAAUCCGUCAUUGUGAUUUGGAAAUAUUAUAAACCAUUCAUCUUGUUUGUGGCCUACAUUUCCUAGAAGCUUACAAAAAGCUUCUUUCCUUGGAAAGUUGUGAUAUGAGUUUCAAAUUAUUGAAAACUGCAACAGUAUGUAAAGGCAAGAGUGUUAAAUUUUUUUUUGUACAACAAACAACUAUACUCAAAGUUUUCUAAUAGAAAAAAUCAAAAAAAAAUAUAAUAAUGUUUGCUAUGGAAAAAUCCCCAAAUCAACUUUGGUAGAAUUUGUUUCUGGGUUCUUCAUUAAUAGAUGUUUUCAUAAUAGAGAUGCUUUUGAAGCUUUGUCUUUUGUACAAAAAUCUGUAAACAAGUACAAUAAGUUACAAGUUAUGGCAAAUAUACUAUUUAUUCGGUUAAAAUUGGCUAUGAUGCACAUAAGAAAAAAAGAGAAGUAAUUAUAACCAAAAAAACGAAACCGAAAUAUAUAUGUGUGUAAAUAAAACUAUUGGAAAAUA